AUGAUGAGCGGGAGGCUGAACGUGGCCACGUCCGCCUUGCCGGGCGACGACUUCCCGUUCGCGCCCAUGCAGCAGCAGCCGCCGCCGCCCUACGUCGGGUUCGAGCACGGCGUGGCGGGCGGCGGUGGCGUCCAGCGCGGCGGUGGAGGUGUGCAGGUGCAGCAGCACCACCUCUACGACGGGCUCGACUUCGCCGCGGCGCUGCAAUUCCAGCAGGAGGCGCCCCACCACCACCACCAGCUCCUGACGCUGCCGUCCAGCCUCGGCCCCAUGGCGCCGCCGCCGCUGCCGAUGCCGAUGCCGCUGCAGAUGCCCGGGAUGGCCGGCGACCACGUGUACCCGGCGCUCGGGAUGGUAAAGCGCGAGGGCGUCGGCGAGGACGGCGCGGCCGCCGGGAGGAUCGGGCUCAACCUCGGCCGCCGCACCUACUUCUCCCCCGGGGACAUGCUGGCCGUGGACCGGCUCCUGAUGCGGUCCCGCCUCGGCGGAGUGUUCGGACUCGGCUUCGGCGGCGCGCACCACCAGCCCCCGCGCUGCCAGGCCGAGGGCUGCAAGGCCGACCUCUCCGGCGCCAAGCACUACCACCGCCGCCACAAGGUCUGCGAGUACCACGCCAAGGCCUCCGUAGUCGCCGCCGGCGGCAAGCAGCAGCGCUUCUGCCAGCAAUGCAGCAGGUUUCACGUGCUGUCAGAGUUCGACGAGGUCAAGAGGAGCUGCCGGAAGCGGCUGGCCGAGCACAACCGCCGCCGCCGGAAGCCGGCCACCACCGCGUCAUCCAAGGACGCCGCGUCGCCGCCUGCCAACAAGAAGCCCAACGGCGGCUCCAUCACAAGCUCUUACUGCACUGACAACAAGAACCUGAGCACGGCCAAGUCGACCAUGUCAUCGAAGACGAGCAGCGUGAUCAGCUGCCUGGACCAGGCCGGCAACAAGCAACUGGCGAGGCCGACGCUGACCCUCGGCGCGUCGCAGGACAAGGACCACCAGCAGCAGCUGAGCAUCAUGCUCCAGGUCCAAGCGGCCGGCGGCCACCACCAGGAGCAGCACUUCAUAACCUCUCUGCAGGUGCACAACAAUGGCGGCGGCGGUAACAACAACAACAUCAUCCUGCCGUGCUCCUCGGUGUGCUCCAGCGGCGCGCUGCCGUCGGCCAACGGCGAGGUCUCGGACCAGAACACCACCACUACCAACAACGGCAACGGCAACGGCAACGGUGGCAGCAGCAGCAACAUGCAUAACCUGUUCGAGGUGGACUUCAUGUAG